AUCUCUGCCUGUGGAGCGAGUGGAGCCCCUGGGGCCCGUGCCGGGAGCCCUGCAGCGGUGGCUUCCGGCUGCGCCGGCGCCACGUCCAGCACCCGGCCGACGGCAGGUGGUGCUGGGGAGCCCGGGUCCAGUCGGAGAGCUGCAACACGGCCGCCUGCCCAGGGGAGGGGUGCGAGGAUCGGGGCAAGGAGCACACCCCGGCCUGCGCCAACCACUGCCCCCGCACCUGCGCCGACCUGUGGGAACACGUGGAGUGUCUGCAGGGGGAGUGCAAGCCAGGCUGCCGGUGCCCCGAGGGGCAGCUGCUGCAGGACGGCGUGUGCGUGCCAGUCCUGGCCUGCCGCUGUGGGCUGCCCACUGCCAACGGCACGCGGGAGCUCUGGCAGGGACAGGCAGCCGAGCUGGACUGUCACAACUGCACAUGCGGGAAUGGCACCUUCGCCUGCCCCGAUCCGGAGUGCCCCUCCUACGGGCCCUGGUCCGAGUGGAGCCCCUGCUCCGUCACCUGUGGGGGAGGCAGCACACUCCGGCACCGCCCCUGCCAGGAGAGCCCCACCGGGGCCCCGUGUACCGCUGACGCCAUGGAGGAGAUUGCGGAGUGCAACCUGCAGCCCUGCCCGGCCGGCUGCCAGCUGAGCCCAUGGUCGGCGUGGAGCCCCUGCAGCGCCAGCUGUGGGGGGGGCGUGUCGGAGCGGAGCCGGAGCCUGCUGUCCCCAGGGGAGGGCCAGGGGGAGCACUGCCCUGCCCCCCUCCUGCUGCACCGCGCCUGCCACACCCACAACUGCACCCCAGAGUGCCCGGGCCCCCAGGUGUACAGCGAUUGUGCCAACGCCUGUCCCCGCGCCUGCGCUGACCUGCGCCCUGGGACCGUGUGCCUGCGGGAGGAGUGCCAGCCCGGCUGUGCGUGCCCUCCCGGCCAGGUGCUGCAGGAUGGGGCGUGCGUGCCCCCAGAUGAAUGCCGCUGUUUGCUGCUCCCUGCACCUGCCGUGCUGUGGGCCUCCAACCUGUCGCAGGAGGAGCGGGCGAGAGAGUACCCGGCCGGCAGCACCAUCCACCACCAGUGCAACAGCUGUGUCUGUCGCAGAGGCACCUUCAGCUGCUCCCAGUGGGACUGCAACGUGGACUGCCUCUGGUCCGCGUGGUCAGCCUGGUCCACGUGCUCAGUGACGUGUGGGCCGGGCGUGCGGAUCUCCCAGAGGCACCAGCUGCAGCAGCGCCUGUAUGCCGGGGCCGAGUGCCUGGGUCCCCCGACGCGCCGGACGCCCUGCUCCUUGCCUGACUGCGCUGUCCCACAGGGAGCGCUGGCAAGGCCCCACGCCGAUGGC